AAAAUGUCAUAGACAAGAAAUCAAAAUGGCGCUUAUGGCAGUGACAUAUCAAUGUUUUCUAAUUGGUUUUCUUUAUUAAAAAAUAAGUAAUAAAUGUAAAAUAUUAUCAAAUACUUUAUUAAUAUGUCUACCAACAACCUAUCUACAGUUUUGAAGUCGUGUUCGGAGAGUGAGUUAAUUAAUGAGAUUUCUGAUACUACUAUGACACCAAAGCAAGUUGAGGGAUCUAGAUUAAAACGUACUUUUACAUUGCCUCGCAACCCGUUUGGAACUGUUAAAGCAACCUCCAGCAAGAAUAAAAGCAACGAUUGUGAUAGUAAACCUCCAUCUGCUAUAUCUGAAAUAGGAGAGUCUCAAAAAGAUGUGGGUGCUAUCGAAAGGAAGUUAUUCAGAAGGCCAUCAUGGAAAAGAUUUUUGAAUAAAAUAGCGCAGCAUAUGAGCACUGUUAAUGUGUCAGGUGUUAAAUCUGCACCAGCAAUUUUAAAUGGUGAAAGAGUACCAUGUAGUGGAGACCCACCGUGGCCACCAGGAUCUACUCCAGCUGCCACUGGCAUCAAGAACCACGGCAAUACUUGUUAUAUGAAUGCUGUAUUACAGUGCCUUUCUCAUACAGAUGUCAUUGCUGAAUACUUUGUUCUAGACCAUUAUAAAGUGGAUUUGCAGAAAAGGAAUAAAAUAAAUUCUAAAAAGUAUGGUACAAGAGGAGAAGUAACUGAGCAAUUAGCUACCCUGCUAAAAGCACUCUGGGCUUGUCACUACUCUCCUGAUAUGAGUACUGCCUUUAAGGGGGCAGUCGAAAGGCAUGGAACACAAUAUAGAGGAAAUAACCAGCAUGAUGCCCAAGAAUUUUUGUUUUGGCUUCUUGACAAAGUACAUGAAGAUUUAAAUACUGCAACAAAGAAAAAAUACAAAACUAUUAAGAAUACCUGUGGAAAGCCUGAUGAAGUAGUUGCUGCUGAAACAUUAGCAAAUCAUGCUCGUAGAAAUAGUUCAUUUGUACAAGCAGUUUUUCAAGCUCAGUAUAGGUCAGCACUCACAUGUGCCAAGUGUGAACGUACAUCGUGCACAUUUGAUCCUUUCCAUUGCGUGAGUGUACAAUUACCUUCAAGGUUGGCAACAGCACAACCAUCCCCACUGCCUGUUAAUGUAGUAUAUGUCAAUCAACAACCUCGCCAAGUGCGGAUUGGUGUGGAACUUCCACCAAAUGCUACCAUGGACGAUUUGCGAACUACAUUACAUAAUGACACCGGCAUUGAUCGCGACCAUAUAAUAUUAGCAGAAAUCAAUGAGACAGGGUGGUGCAAUGCCCGAGCGGGCUGGGAGGUGGCAGGCAUAGAUUUCGGCGCUUUGUAUUGUAUGGAGGCUCCGCCUUUGUUACAAACUCCGACUACGCCGUAUUUAUUGUUAUUAUGGGUUAAUAUUUUAGAGGGGGAGAGGUUUGGUUCACCUUAUGCCAUGCAAGUCCCUCGUGAGAUUUCCUAUGAGGACCUUCAGAAAUUAAUGCUAAAGGAAAUGUGCCAAAUAGUGGCGGAACGAGUUUUGGAAAAUGCACAGGGUACUGAUAUAUUCAGGGCUAGGAUCGCGGAAGCACAUAGACCUAAAGAUCCAGCAUAUUUGCAACCUGAGUUGCCGCACCCUUUGUUCGCGCUAGACGUGGAGCAAGCUCUGUGCGCACACGAUAAACACUCUCAUCUUCGGCUGGAACUACUAUGGGAUCCAGCUCAUAGAGAUAGUAUAAUCCGGUGGGUGGGUGAAGCGUGCGAGGUGCACGUGUCCGCUGGCCCGGCGCCGCUCACGCUUCACGCCUGCCUCACGCACUACACGCGUGCCGAGCGGCUCGCGCAGGAGGAUGCCUGGAGGUGUCCCCAGUGUCAACGAUAUAUGCCUGUCGUUAAAACCCUUGGUCUUUGGUCACUUCCGGACAUUUUAGUUAUACAUUUGAAGAGGUUUAGGCAGCAAGCUAAAGGUCGGACGAGUACAAAGCUGACUACAAUGGUCGAGUUUCCAUUGAAUGACUUCGACAUGACACCACAUCUGGUCAGGCGGAACUCUCCAACUGCUGAAUCGCCCGGACACUCAAGAUCGCCACGUAGAAGGCAUUCUAAAACUCCCAUAUGCAGUCCAGAUGAGAAUAUGUAUGACUUAUACGCCAUUUGCUAUCACCAUGGUGAUGACUUAGAAACUGGACAUUAUACUGCUGCCUGCAAAAAUCCAUACGAUGGACACUGGUACAAGUUUGAUGAUUCAAGGGUAACACUUGUUGAUGAUGAGAAUGCAUAUAGUGAACUGGUAGAUAAUACGGCGUACAUGCUAUUUUACAAAAGGAAAAAGCCUAACGUAACUCAUUCUUAUUCUACUGACGAUCACAACAGUCAUUGGGCGUUACGUAUGCCUAAAUAUGUAAAGCAAACUAGCGAUACAUUAAAUGAGCUUACCGAAGUCAAAGAGGAGAAUAUAGACGAUAUAAAAAUUGUGACUCCAAACAAUGAACCGGAGUCAGAAUCGGAUGCAACUGCUCCUACACACAGUCCUUUAUCUAGAAGUGUUGAGAGCCUGCCUGAUGACAAUAUGAAUACAUCAACGUCUCCAGCCAAAUUAACCACCACAGUUGUUCACAAUACAGCUUCUAUAAUACAAUCACCCACGCUGCAGCGACCAUUGAUAGUUGAAGUAAACGGGAAUAAAACGAACGAUAAUGCGAACGAAAACGAGAUGAGUGUAUCCAUUGAACCCUAUAUUCAUAAAGAUGUACACGUAAAUCCCAAAAUGACGCCCGUGGACACGAGAAGGCCGCGAUCCGUCGAUUACCCGGCCAAGUCGAAUACGUCGUCUACAAGUCGAGAUUCGAACAGAAACUAUGAGAGUUCUCCCUUGGUUGCCAGUAUAAAUGGAGUGGAAUAUCAUCCAACCACAGAAGAUCUUAUGUUGUCUAUGUUCCAAGAGUCCAAUUAUAUUGUUCCAAGGCAUGGUAACCAUAUAGCUGGGGAAUCACAUAGAGCAGGCGAGAAAUCAUCUGUGUGGAAAACACGAAUAUCCACAUGAGAACAGCUAGUAGUGCCUGAAGAAUGUAAGCAGCCCUCUCCUAUAUUAACUCUAUGCCCGAAAUUAGAUCUGGUUUCAUAUAGUUGACAGUUAGUGAUUGAUUAAAGUGUAUAUGCUGUGAAUGUAAAUGGUUCCAGAUGCGAAACCUUCAUAACUGCCUUCCACUUAGCAAUGUACAACGUGGGAUUAAGUAUAUUUUCUAAUGCUUUAGACGAGUAGAGGCUUUAUAACGCUGGCUUGGCUUAUUUAUUGCGGUUAUUUUGAUAUGCAAAUAUUUUUUUGGUUACAUGGAUUUAAUAUAUUAAGACUUUUGUAUUGUGGUCAUGGAUACUUUAAUAUUAUUACAAACUGUUUUAUGGUAAUUUUGUCUUCAAUACCAAAGAUUGGUUGAAAAUAUACUCAUUAUGGGGAAGGCAAGUAAAUAGCGUUCAAUGAAUUCCAUCAAUCUUUACUUUUUGGUCAUUUUAUUCAGCAUUUUGGCUUUAUCCUGAAGGACCAAGUUUACACAGUAAUUCGUUCGUAUGUACUGCUUGUCUUCCUCUAUGUACUAACAAAUUGUGUAACCUGCGUGUUGUAGAGCUGUUAUUCAGAAAUCUAUUUAUACAUUAUGUAGAUAAAACACCACAGAGUAAUUAGUAGGGUUAUAUUUAGCGGGCGUAAUAAACGAAUUUUCGUAAAAACACACUUGUGCCUUGGCCCUAGGGAUGUUGUGAUUUUAAAAUUAACAAAAUACAUAUGACUAGAAUGAAUACUACAAUAAAACUUAUUCAUAUGUAUACUCGGAAUACACAUUUUAAAGAAUACAUUAUUACCUAUGUAAAUCAAUUGUGAUAUAUCAUUAAAAUUGCGUAUAACACGACAAUUUUUGUUUAUAUCUUUUAGUUUAUUUAAAUUAUUAUAUUAUGUAGGCAUAACAUUACCAGAUUACACGAAUAAGGAAAUAAAGUGAUUUGUAUUGCAAUUUAUUUGUGAAAUAUUGUAUAUAUUGGUAUGUGUAAUGGGUUUUUUAUAAAACAAUCUCUAUAAAAAUGAUACUCGUUUGGGAAUGUUAAUAUUUUGUAAAUAUCGAAAUUAUAAUUCGAAAUGCACAUAAUCUAGGUUAUAUAGCACUUUGUGAUGAGAGUUUUUUUUAUAAUUUAUAUUGGACAUGUUUUUUUAAAAGACAUUCAAUAUAUUGAAUCAAGGUUAUUAUUCAACAGUAUAUUACUAAACAUGUACCUGCGAUUCAUUUUAUCGCUUUGUCGAGCAACAUGAGCGCUUAUGUUAUUAAUAAUUUAUUUUAUCUAUUAUCAAAACUGUACUGAUGUCAGUAAUCAUUUUAAAUUAUAGUACUAAUAUUCAAUUUUAAUAAAAUAAUUGAUGCAAGAAAAUUAAUUCGGUUAUUAAAAAAAUGCAAUUUAAAUGAAAACUGUAAUAUAUUUGAUGACAUCCCAUUUAUAUAUUUAAUAUAAAUUUAUACAUUCAAUAGAACCAUAAAAAUAUCCCGCUUUGAAUUAUUUUUUUAAAAGAGAAAAAUAUAUAUACCUAAAAGACAAAAAUUGUUAUAAAUGUAAUAGUUUCAGUAUUUUUACCUGUAUCUGAAUAUCGAUUCUGAUGUCACGUUGAAGAUGAUCAGUAUUAUGGGACUUUCACAAGUUCGACAUAAUAAUAAGGAGAGGAAACUUCAAAUACUUUGAAACUUGUAAAUAUACAGAAAGUUCGAGACUAGCCUCUAAUAUAAAUAUUUCGACUACCUUGUCGUAGUUUUAUAAAAUACCGAGCUUCACACUAAUGAUCGGGAAUACUGCUUUUAAGGUGUAGGUAAUAUCUUAAGUAUCCAAUCCUUGGCAAGGGUUAUUAUGCAAUUUAUCAAGGUUUAUAAGGUAUACUAUAAAUGUGAAAGGGUUAGCUUUUUAUUUUGAUAUUAAAAAGUCAUUAGAAGGUAAAGUUGAAAAAUUACAACACACCAAAAUUAUUCAACUUGUUAAAACUAACAUUAUAUGAACGUUAUUUAUUUGGAAAAGAAAUUAAAACUGUAAAAUGCAUUAAAACAGUACAAGCUUUCAUAAUAUUUAUGAUCACAAUAAGAGAUUUUUUUUCUAAGAAUACGAACUGCUUCACUAUAUCUACUUAAAAAUUAAUAAUAAUAUAUAACAAAGCGCUCGUAAGUUCUCGAAAUUGUGUAAACUUAAAUAUGUCGUUCCAUUUUAAAUUUUGUAUUAUGUUCGUUGUUUAAUUUAAAGAUGUUUAUUGUCAUUUCAUCAUGUUAUGUUUUAAAUAUAGUGUUAUAUACACA